GUGUGUCCCCUUCCUCCUUCCCUCUCUUCCAUUCUCUCUAAAAAUCAGUGGAGUUAGAGAGUGUGACAUCUGGCUUGCAAGUGGGAACCUCUGUGUUGCACGUGACUAACGAUCGAUUUAAAAAUGGGUAAUGUUGAAAGGGGCAAGAAGAUUUUUGUCCAGAAGUGUGCCCAGUGCCAUACUGUGGAAAAGGGAGGCAAACACAAGCCUGGGCCAAAUCUCCAUGGUCAGGCCCCUGGAUUUUCUUACACAGAAAGAAAGAACAAAGGCCAACAAGAACAAGGUCUCACUUGGGGAGAUGCUACACUGAUGGGAUAUUUGGAGAAUCCCAAGAAGUACAUCCCUAGAAUAAAAACAAUCUUUGCUGACAUUAAGAAGAGUGUAGAAAGGGCAGACUUGAUAGCUUAUCUCAAGAAAGCUACUAAUGAGUAAUAGUUGGCCACUGCCUUAUUUAUUACAAAUGUCUCAUGAUUUUUUUUUAUGUGUAACAUCUUUAAAUUGAUCUCAUACACCACAAUUCAGAUCAUGAAUGGCUAAUAGAACAUUUCUUUGGGGCAGUCCUGAUUUAAAUAAGAUUGGCUUGUGGUUAAAUGAAUAUGGUCAGCUUUUUGAGCUUUGAUGGUAAUUUUGGUUCAGAAAGCGCUAUCACUGCCCAUUUCUAAAAAUAUGAUUGGACUUGAUUCAUAAUGUUUAACUUUUCACAGAGGUGGUGAGUGCCAUCUCAAAACCUAUAGAAGAUUGGCUUAUAUUUAGAUUUAUAUAAUUGGUUGUGUUAAUACGUUUAAAUUCUGAAGAAAUCCCUUCACUGUCUCUUAGACCUGCAAGACUUGCUUGUGUUUCAAGCUGUGUUCAUUAAUCUGUUAAAAGGCAAGGGCUUCGGAUAAACUGGUAGUGACCAUUUUAUCUUUUUGAUCAAAACUAUGCCAAUUUAUUAAAAUUCCCUGUAUCCAAACUAUUGCCUUUUAUUGAAUGAAAGACAUUUUAGUGUGGUUUAUGUAUAACAGGGGUCCUCAAACUACGGCCCGCGGGCCACAUGCGGCCCGCUGAAAACAUUUAUCCAGCCCGCUGGGUGUUUUGCCGCCGCUGUGUGCAUAGGAAUUUGUUCAUAGUUUUUUUUUAAACUAUAGUCCGGCCCUCCAACGGUCUGAGGGACAGUGAACUGGCCCCCUGUUUAAAAAGUUUGAGGACCCCUGAUGUAAAAUAUCAAAUAACGAGUAUUUAACACUUCUAAAAAAAGAUAAGUGGAGAAAAUAUCCUCGGCUGAAGAUUUAAAAAAUACAAAGAUACUUUGAAUAACCUCUUGCAGACUGUAGUACAUGUGAAUUCUAUAGCUAGCUAGUUGAAUACCAGGAUUUCAAAUUAGUGGGAAAUUAUUUUUAGUAAUAACUUUGUAUGUAUAGGUAUAUUUGAUCAAAUCUGAAAAUAUUUGGUAUCUAUAACAUACUGGGUAAUUCAGAAAAAUACGUUUAUCUUAAUCAGAGUUUAAAAUGCUACCAUUUUUCUGUCUCUGUCUUUCGUAGAGUGAUUGGAUAAUAAGAUUAUGUGGUUUAUUUAUUUGUUUAUUUAUUUAUUUUGCAGUUUACAACAUGCUUUUGUGUAUUAAAUUUUACCUAUAUGAAGGCACUGUGCUAAUCAGGGUGCCAUGAACUAAGACCAAUCUGAUAUAGUCUAUCAUAGUCUAAUACAGCAGUUCUCAACCUUUGGGUCGUGACCCCUUUGGCGGUUGAAGGACCCUUUCACAGGGGUCACCUAAGAGCAUCCUGCAGAUCAGAUAUUUACAUUAUGAUUCAUAACAGUAGCAACAUUACAGUUAUGAAGUAGCAACGAAAAUAAUUUUAUGGUUGGGUCACAACAUGAGGAACUGCAUUUAAAGGGCCAGAAGGUUGAGAACCACUGGUCUAAUAGAAAAGGUGAUUGUACUUAUGAGAGCAAAACAAAUGAAGUGCUAUAGAAAUUCCAAGAAAGAAGAGAUUACUUUCACCUGAAGCAUAUCAGGCAGUAAUCAAGAUACACUAACAAAAAAGCGAAAAGUCAGUUAUGAGAAAAAAGUUUCCAAUAAUAAUUCCCUAAAUGACUUGGAGUUUUAUUUAUUUAUUUAGCACCUCCCCCAACCCUCCAUAAAAGCAGUCUAUAUAUAGAGAGAGAGAGAGAGACAAUCCAAGGCUUGUUCAACAACUCCACAAUAUCAGAAAUCUAGCUCCUAUCUUUUCACUCCCUUUUCUUCAUACAUCCAAGAUGAUGCCUGGAGCACUAUUAAUUACAUCCACAUUCCAGAAAGGAGGAAGGACAAAGGGCAGAAGAUGCUUGCCAACUGGUUUGCUCCCUUUUAAGGAGCAUUCCCAGAUGCUCUGCCCAAUGACUUAGGUAAAUUUCACUAGCCAGAACAUUAUCACAGGGCCACCUCUACUUCCAAGGAAGGCUAAAAAAUGUUUUUUCUAACAUACUCAUUCUUGACUAAAUCAAGGUUCCAAAGAAGGAAAGAAAAGAUAUUGGCAUAAAUCAAUAACAGUCUCAGGCACAUGAGCAAAAUAGCAGACUUCACAAAGAAGAUGUUGGCUGAUACCAGACCUCUAAUGAUGGUGAAUGCUGGCUUUCACUUGCUUACUGAUUAUUUUGAGCUGGACAGUAAACCACUUCAACAUAAUUACCACAUUUAAUCCUCCUAGUGUUGUAUCAUGAGUUAGGUCCUAUUAUUUUGAUUAUAAAAAUGAGGAAAUUGAGGUAUAGAUAGGUAGAGUAGAUUACUUAGGGUCCCAUAGCUAUUACAUUUGCAGAGGAGGAACAUGACCAAAGGCACAAUAAAGGAACUAUUAGUGGUACUUGUGGUUUGACUCUAGAAAUAAGGCCAGAGGGGUAGGUGGUUAUCAUGAACUUUAGGCUAGGGGCUUUUAGACUUUUACCAUUGACAGAGCAACAGUGGCCAGGGUAGUAGUUUAGGCAAGAUAAUGAAUAUUACUUGCAUUAUGAUAGUAAUAAAACAGAAGAAGAUAAAUGUAGGAGGCAUUUAAAAUUAGGCCACAUUGGAUCAGGUAAUGGAGAAGAAUGAGUUACCAAUGGCCUUGGGUGACAAUGGAGGAGUAGCUGAUUUAAAAGAUAGUACUGUAGCCCAGCCAGUAUGGCUCAGUGGUUGAGUGUUGACCUAAAGACCAGGUCAUGGUUCGAUUCCCAGUCAGGGCACAUGCCCGGGUUGCUGGCUCGAUCUACAGUAUAGGGCAUGCAGGAGGCAGCCAAUCAAUUAUUCUCAUUAUUGAUGUUUCUAUCUCUCUUUCCUCCAUUCCUCUCUGAAAUAUA